AGGAAGUUGACUUGGAAUAUUUGGCCAAGACCACCAAUGGGUUUUCUGGAGCUGAUUUGACUGAAAUCUGUCAGCGAGCCUGUAAACUUGCAAUCAGAGAAUCUAUUGAAAGCGAAAUCAGACGAGAACGUGAAAGACAAGGCAACCCUUCGGCUAUGGAGGUUGAAGAAGAUGAUCCUGUUCCUGAGAUACGCAAGGACCAUUUUGAGGAAGCUAUGCGCUAUGCACGCCGCUCCGUCAGUGAUAAUGAUAUUCGAAAGUAUGAAAUGUUUGCACAAACACUGCAGCAGAGUCGUGGAUUUGGCAGUUUCAGAUUCCCAUCUAGUAGUCAAGCAGGUGCAGGACCAAGCCAAGGAACUGGAGGAGGCAGUGGUGGAAACAUGUUCAGUGAAGACAAUGAUGAUGAUCUGUAUGGUUAAACAUACAUUGUGGACCAAAUUUUACCAGGCCAAGUUGUACAAUUUCCAUUUCUUGGACUGUUGCUUUUCCCUUCCCUCCCCUCCCCUCCCCACCCCACCCCACCCCUUCAGUCCAGUCAGAGAAGCAUGUGCAGCUUUCAAUAAUCUGGUUCCAGGGGUUUCUUCUAAUGAACCUAUUCUUGAUGUUGGAUGUGAAGUUAACUGUUAAAUCACUGCAGAGUAGUCAAUGACUACCUUCUGGGAAACUUCUGUUCAAAUUGAUGAAGCAGAUUCAGCAGCUUUUGCAGUGAGUAUAACUGUAGCCUGAAAAAAAAAAUACAAAAUGCUUAUGGAACUUCAUUUUUUUUAUUUCAGUAGGUGACAUGAUAAAUGUAUAAGUUUGAAAAGAUGUUAAGGAACUUAAUAUGAUCUGAUAAUAAAAUUGAAUUGUUGCACCUCUAAUAAA